AUGCCAAGUUUCAUCGGUUCUAACAUAACGUUAAUAACAAAGUCAAAAAUUCGUUAUGCAGGCACAAUUAUUGGAAUUGAUACAGAUUCAUCAGCCAUGUUACUCGGCUCUGUCAAAUGUUAUGGUCCCGAAGGCAGUGCACAAACAACAAACCCAACAUAUUUGUCGAUAAUGUCAUUUAAUAAUGCUGAUAUAGAAGAUUUGAAAAUCGGUGAUAAUGAUGAAAAAGUUCAACAAACUCAAGAACAUCAAUCACCUCCUCCUCGUGCUAUUUCAUCGAUACAUGAUGAUCCUGCUGUUUUGAGUGUUGUAACGAAUAAGAAAUCUGAACAAAAUGCGCCAUUGUUUAAUACAUCAUCCAAUCAAACAAUGUCAUAUGCUCUACGUAAUUUACAACUCUCAUCGGUUAAUGGUGAAUCAGAGAAAAGAAAUUUCGAUAAUCGAAAGGAAUAUGGUUUGGGUACUGAGUCAAAAUGGGAAACUGAACCAAGACAGCCACAAUCGGGUUCAACUACCAGCAAAUUUUUUGAUAAUUUUAAUUCAAAAUCUAAUAAUCAUCUAUCAACGGAUGCUACUAAUCGUUAUUUUCAACCGUUCAAUGAUUAUUGUGGCUCUAAGAACAACGAAUCAUUUGCUAAUCAUUGUAUAACUCAUUCAACGCAAACAACAAAUGAUUUAUUAUCGAAUGAUAAUGAUAAUAAUCAAUCAUUUUCCGGAAAUCGUCCCUAUUCUCAAAUGCAGAUGCGACGACAUCAACAACAGAACGAUAAUUUUGACGAUAAUAGUGGUUUUAAUCGUUAUUCUUCCCAUGGAAAUAAUUAUCAUCAAGGUGGAAAAUCAAAUUAUCAGCAUCAGCAAAGAUAUCAACAACAACAACCACAACAACAACAACGCCAAUUCUAUAAUCAUGGAAACAAUCGCUAUAAUUCUAAUUACCAACAAAAACAGUUUCCAAAACAAAAUCGAGAAACAUUCAAUGAUUUACCGUUUGAAUCAGAUUUUGAUUUUGAUCAAUCAAAUCAAAAAUUUGAUAAAAUAGCCAGUGAAAGUGAAUUCAAUAAACAGAGUCCAUUAGCAGAUUAUUCUGAAUCAUCACAAACAAAUAAUGUUCAACAUAGUAAAUUAUUGAAAAAUAUAAACAGCGACAUAGAUACAAAUGUUACCUAUACAUAUGAUAAAAAAAAAAGUUUUUUUGAUAAUAUCUCGUGUAGUAUGUCGACAGGAAAUGAUGGUAUCUCUGAACAAAAUCCAAAUUAUCGACCAAAAAAUCAAGAAACAUUUGGUAAUUCGUAUUAUCAACGUCGUCAAGAUAAUAAUUACAACAGACGAUCAACAUACAACAACAACAACAAUAACAACAACAAUACGAAUGAUUAUUAUCGCUCACAAAAUCAGCAACGAAAUUAUUAUUAG